AUCGACAUGAACACAACACAUAAAUGUUAACAGUUUUAUGGAGAGAAUAGUGCAGAACUUUUUUACAGCAACUUUCAACGGCUUUACAUGUAGGUGACUACAGCUUCAUUUGAUUGAAGGUUGUUAAGGAUGUGCGAUACAUGUGAUAUGAAAUGCCCAGGAAUAAGAUCAUCAGUGUUUGUGUAUUUUCUGCUCAUAUUUUUUACUGAGUUUAUCAGUAAAUCUACUCAAAAGAAACUGAGUUGGUUUGAGGCCCAAAAAGAAUGCAUGGACAAUAAUAAUACUCUGAAAUCAAAAAUUUUUAGGACGUCAACAACAGACUAUUGGUCUGGUAUAUACCUUCGAUAUUCAUCCCGGAUACACAUUCUGGGAUGCUAUUCAGCAGAUAAAAGUGUGUUGGGUGUGAAUAAGACAUUCAACAUGAAGUUCCCAUCAGUUGGAUUUUGCCAAGAGAUAUGCGGCAAUGAAAAUAUAUUAAAGUUUGGGAUACAGGCAGGAAAAUGCACAUGUAUUGAGAAUAAAGUUUUCACGAAAAUGUUACCCCCGAGUGAAUGUAAUGAGACAUGUGCAGAAUAUACACAAGGUGUAAAAUUUACAGAGUGCGGAGGAAGGAGAGCAUACUCUGUGUACAUGGUAGAAAAUUACAUAACCACGGAGACAUAUUGUACUGCAGUAAACUGUGGCCCAAAAAAGACAUUUUCCAUUUCCCCUGAUUGUUCCGAAUUGCAUUUUGCAUUGUGUACGGAUAAAGAAAAAUUUACAACUCAAGAGACCGUGAGUGGGCGCAACUGGACACAAUCCAUGCAGUUCUGUAAAACAUCACAACCAUCAUCUUAUCUUGAAGGAAACGUUUCCUCUGUUGAUGCAAGCAAGGCAUGUAAAGAGCUGAACUGGACUCUAGAUGAAUUUUUCUGGCUAGGAAUUAUUACAGAGGUUUAUUAUGGAAACGAUCGAGGUAUUAAUAAAUUCUUUGUAUAUCUGUAG